GUCAGGGCUGCAGACAGUAGUGGCGCGGCAGGGCAGUGCCGGGGAUGUUGUAGUUAUAAACCUAUGCCAUCCCUCCUUCAUCCUACUCAGCCAGCCAGGAGCUUAUAGCAGCACGGAGACAGGAGCAGCUACAGCACACACACAGGUCAGUGUCUGAUAUUAAAAUAAUAAUAAUAUAUAUACACACAGGACAGUGUCUGAUAUUAUAAUAAUAAUAAUAUACACACAGGACAGUGUCUGAUAUUAUAAUAAUAAUAAUAAUAAUAUACAGGUCAGUGUCUAAUAUUAUAAUAAUAAUAAUAUAUAUACACACAGGUCAGUGUCUAAUAUUAUAAUAAUAAUAUAUAUACACACAGGACAGUGUCUGAUAUAAUAAUAAUAAUAAUAAUAUAUACACACAGGUCAGUGUCUGAUAUUAUAAUAAUAUAUAUACACACAGGACAGUGUCUGAUAUUAUAAUAAUAAUAAUAAUAAUAUAUACACACAGGUCAGUGUCUGAUAUUAUAAUAAUAUAUAUACACACAGGACAGUGUCUGAUAUUAUAAUAAUAAUAAUAAUAUAUACACACAGGUCAGUGUCUGAUAUUAUAAUAAUAAUAUAUACACACAGGACAGUGUCUGAUAUUAUAAUAAUAAUAAUAUACACACAGGACAGUGUCUAAUGUUAUAAUAAUAUAUACACACAGGUCAGUGUCCAAUAUUAUAAUAAUAUAUACACACAGGUCAGUGUCUAAUAUUCUAAUACUAUAUAUAUACACACACAGGACAGUGUCUAAUAUCAUAAUAAUAAUAAUAUACAAAACCUGUCAGUGUCUAAUAUUAUUAUAAUAAUAAUAUACACACACAGGAUAGUGUCUAAUAUUAUAAUAAUAAUAUAUAUAAAACAGGACAGUGUCUAAUAUUAUAAUAAUAAUGUACACACACACACAGGACAGUGUUUGAUUUUCUAAUAAUAAUAUACAGGACAGUUUCUAAUAUUAUUAUAAUAAUAAUAAUAAUUGUAUAUACACACAGGACAGUGUCUAAUAUAAUAAUAAUAAUAAUAUUAUACAAAACAGGUCCGUGUCUAAUAUUAUAAUAAUAAUAUAUACACACACAGGGCAGUGUCUAAUAUUAUAAUAAUAAUAAUAUACAAAACAGGUCAGUGUCUAAUAUUAUUAUAAUGUAUACAAAACAGGACAGUGUCUAAUAUAAUAAUAAUAUAUACACACACACAGGUCAGUGUCUAAUAUUAAAAUAAUAAUAUACAAAACAGGGCAGUGUCUAAUAUUAUUAUAAUAAUAAUAAUAAUAUACACACAGGUCAGUGUCUAAUAUAAUAAUAUACAAAACAGGUCAGUGUCUAAUAUUAUAAUAUUAAUAUACACACAGGGCAGUGUCUAAUAUUAUCAUACUAAUAUACAAAACAGGUCAGUGUCUAAUAUAAUAUAUACACACAGGUCAGUGUCUAAAAUUAUAAUAAUAUACAAAACAGGUCAGUGUCUAAUAUUAUAAUAAUAUACACAUAGGUCAGUAUCUUCUGUUUUAAUAAACACACGGGUCAGUGUCUAAUAUUAUAAUAAUAUAUACACACACAGAUAAGUGUCUUCUGUUAUAAUAAUACACACAGGUAAGUGUCUUCUGUUAUAAUAAUACACACAGGUCAGUGACUUCUGUUAUAAUAAUACUCGCAGGUCAGUGUCUUAUCAUAGAAACAUAGAAUGUGACAGCAGAUAAGAACCAUUCGGCCCAUCUAGUCUGCCCUAUUUUCUAAAUACUUUCAUUAGUCCCUGGCCUUAUCUUAUAGUUAGGAUAGCCUUAUGCCUAUCCCACGCAUGCUUAAACUCCUUUACUGUGUUAACCUCUACCACUUCAGCUGGAAGGCUAUUCCAUGUAUCCACUACCCUCUCAGUAAAGUAAUACUUCCUGAUAUUAUUUUUAAACCUUUGUCCCUCUAAUAUAAGACUAUGUCCUCUUGUUGUGGUAGUUUUACUUCUUUUAAAUAUAGUCUCCUCCUUUACUGUGUUGAUUCCCUUUAUGUAUUUAAAGGACCACUCUAGGCACCCAGACCACUUCAGCUUAAUGAAGUGGUCUGGGUGCCAGGUCCAGCUAGGGUUAACCCAUUGUUUUAUAAACAUAGCAGUUUCAGAGAAAUUGCUAUGUUUAUUAAUGGGUUAAGCCUUCCCCCAAAUCCUCUAGUGGCUGUCUCGUUGACAGCCGCUAGAGGCGCUUGCGUGCUUCUCACUGUGAUUUUCACAGUGAGAGCACGCCAGCGUCCAUAGGAAAGCAUUAUGAAUGCUUUCCUAUGCGACCGGCUGAAUGCGUGCGCAGCUCUUGCCGCGCGUGCGCAUUCAGCCGACGGGGUGGAGAGGAGGAGGAGGAGAGCUCCCCGCCCAGCGCUGGAAAGGGGUAAGUUUUUACCCCUUUCCCCCUUCCAGAGCCGGGCGGGAAGGGGUCCCUGAGGGUGGGGGCACCCUCAGGGCACUAUAGUGCCAGGAAAACGAGUAUGUUUUCCUGGCACUAUAGUGGUCCUUUAAAUGUUUCUAUCAUAUCCCCCCUGUCUCGUCUUUCCUCCAAGAUCCUUUAACCUUUCCUGGUAAGUUUUAUCCCGCAAUCCAUGAACCAGUUUAGUAGCCCUUCUCUGAACCCUCUCUAAGGUAUCAAUAUCCUUCUGAAGAUACGGUCUCCAGUACUGUGUACAAUACUCCAAGCGAGGUCUCACCAGUGUUCUGUAUAAUGGCAUGAGCACUUCCCUCUUUCUACUGCUAAUACCUCUCCCUAUACAACCAAGCAUUCUGCUAGCAUUUCCUGCUGCUCUAUUACAUUGUCUGCCUACCUUUGUCAUCAGAAAUAAUCACCCCUAAAUCCCUUUCCUUAUAUGUUGAGGUUAGGACUCUAUCAAAUAUUCUGUACUCUGCCCUUGGGUUUUUACGUCCAAGAUGCAUUAUCUUGCACUUAUCCACAUUAAAUGUCAGUUGCUACAAUUCUGACCAUUUUUCUAGUUUACCUAAAUCAUUUGCCAUUUGGCUUAUCCCUCCUGGAAUAUCAACCCUGUUACAUAUCUUAGUAUCAUCAGCAAAAAGACAUACCUUACCAUCAAGACCUUCUGCAAUAUCACUAAUAAAAAUAUUAAAGAGAAUGGGUCCAAGUACAGAUCCCUGAGGUACCCCACUGGUGACAAGUCCAAGCUUUGAAUAUAUUCCAUUAACUACAACCCUCUGUUGCCUGUCACUCAGCCACUGCCUUACCCAUUCAACAAUAUUGGAAUCCAAACUUAAAGAUUGCAGUUUAUUGAUAAGCCUUCUAUGUGCAACAGUGUCAAAAGCCUUACUGAAAUCUAGGUAAGCAAUGUCUACUGCACCACCCUGAUCUAUAAUUUUAGUUACCCAAUCAAAAAAAUCAAUAAGAUUAGUUCGGCAUGAUCUCCCUGAAGUAAACCGAUGUUGUCUCUGAUCUUGAAAUCCAUGUGUUUUUAGAUGUUCAACAAUCCUAUCCUUUAACAAGAUUUCCAUCACUUUCCCCUCUACUGAAGUAAGGCUUACUGGCCUAUAGUUGCCCGACACCUCCCUAUUACCUUUCCUGUGAAUGGGCACAACAUUCGCUAACUUCCAAUCUUCUGGGACUACUCCAGUUAACAAUGAUUGGUUAAAUAAAUCUGUUAAUGGUUUUGCUAGUACACCACUAAGCUCUUGUAAUAGCUUUGGGUGUAUUCCAUCAGGUCCCAUUGACUUAUUUGUCUUUACUUUUGACAGUUGAAAUAGAACCUCUUCCUAUAAUAAUAAUAAUAAUAAUAAUAAUACACACAGGUCAGUGUCUUCUGUUAUAAUAUACACAGGUCGGUGUCUUCUAUUAUUAAUUUUUAUAUAGCGCCAGCAAAUUCCAUAGCGCUAUACAAUAAUACUAUAUACACAGGUCAGUGUUUGCUAUAUACAGAGCAUCACACUAUAACUACCAUGUGUCACAGCAAGGGGCUACUGUGUAUAUAUAGAGCAAGGGGCUACUGUAAUUACCAUGUGGAAAUGCACAGCUACUACAUUGAGCACAGAACACAUCCCAGAGUUUUUAAUAUUUACAUAUUUUAUCCAUAAAUACAUAUCAUACGAACUCAGGGAUCUCAAUAAAUGCAUAUCAUUCCCACCCAGGUAUCAAUCAAUAAAUACCAUACUCUCCCAGGGCUAUCAAUAAAUACAUAUCCUACCCAUCCAGGGAUAUCCAUAAAUACAUACCAUAUACAUACAUACAGGGAUAGCAAAAGAUAAAUAUCAUACCCAUGCAGAGGUAUCAAUAAGGUCCAUAUUAUAUGCACCCAGUGGUAUCAAUAAGAUAAAUAGCAUGCCUGCUAAGGGGUAACACUAAGGUACACCUCAUACUCAAUAAAGUGCACAUAAUACCCACCCACGGGUAUCCGUAAAGUGCACAUAGUACAUACCCGGGGUAUUAAAAAAGGUGCAAGUUAUACCCACCCCUUUAAGAGGUAUUGUUUAAUAAAAUGUACGUUGUACGUACCAAUGGGGAUCACUCGAUAAAGUGUGAAUUAUACCUAUUCAGAGAUAGCUAUUAGUAAUGUGCUCAGUAUACUUAGCUGUAUCAAUAACAUGUAUGUCAUAUGCAUCCAGGGGAAUUAUGCCUUUCAGGAAUUAUACUCUAAUCAAGAUAUCGCUUACUAAGAUGUACAGUGUACCAACCCAAGGUUAUCACUAAAUAACAUCACACCUACCUGGAUGUAUCACUUAUUUCAUUGCAUCACAUUCCUUCCUAACACUAGUUCUUGUACGAUUCACAAUAUACCCGCCUAGUUUUAUCUACUUUUAAAGUGGAAAGUGGGUUAUUGUACUGCAUCUCCUAGCAAUGUACAUGUUUUAACUCUCCUAAACAGUUGCAUCACUAAAUAAAAAAUUUUUCAAAUCACUGGGAUCCGUGACUCCUAAUCAUUUUAUUGUAUUUUUAGUAUUUGAAUAUGAAGUAUAAAAUUGUAAUAAUGCACAUAAUCUCUGGUUCCUUAAACUUUUGUUUACAAAAAUCAGAUUGGCUUUUAAAACUAUCUAACUGGCUUCUAAAUCCUAGACAUGUGUGUCAAGUCUUACUAAAUGAGGGUAACCAGCUUCUGCCUAAGUACUUGUUAUGAACAUGGACAUUGGACAUGACAUGGACAUUGGACAUGAAGUGGCACUCCAGCCCUCCAAAAACACAGAGUAAGCCAUGAUUCUAUAGGAUUGGCAUGCUCAUUAUUAAAAUGGUUUUUGUAAAAAAAAAAAAAAAAACCUGCUGAAUUCUAAUCUUUGCAUGCGUUCUAAUUAUUCUGUAUUCUUACUUAAGUUGCUGGUAGUAAAUAUGUAGAAAGUUACGUAGAUUGUGACCCCAUCUUAGAUAGGUGUAUUUUUGUUUUGAAUGAUGGCCUAAAAUCUCACUCCUGUUUCUAUAGUAAAUAUCCAAGUAAGUUAUGGCAUAUACACUUGAUUCCAUUGUCUAUUGAGUUUUUUUCUCUAAACAGUGAAUUGAAACCUCGCAUUGUAAAAUUCAUGUUAAAAUGGCUUAGUUGCAGAAGUUGCCCAUUUCCACUAAAUUUACAGUUUGAUUGCUUUAGUUUGAAUUGUGCAAUUCACUUUCCAUUUCAUCACAAUUCGUUGUUUAGUGAAUAAACCUUAUAUCAAACCUAACCUCCGAAAUUUUCUUAUGAAUUUAAAAUGUGGUCGUCAGCCAGUCUUUGGUUAGAAAUAUGUAUAUUGCUUAGAAUGAUGUGAGUUGAACUUAAGCAAAAAACUAUGGGGAAACUGCAGCACAGCAAGCUAUACUGCAGCAGAAUAAACAAUACCUUAUGCUCAGAUCUUUGUCUUGAUCUCUCAUUCAUGAGACUCCUAUAGUGUACAUUUUGGUUAUUCUGGCAGAAUAAAUACUUUUCUAAUUGAAUUUGGGAUUAAGUGAUUUCUGGCACAACAGUUGUGACUGCUUUUUCCAGUUUACUGAAUCCGCUGUUUCCAAAAUUGUUAGAUUUGAAUUUGACCUGACCCCUUGUUAUGGUUUUUAUAAAAUGCGUUUGUCAAUAAGUACUGUCAGACUUUGCCAAUUCCUUAUUAGGGAGAAUAAAUCUCACGAUAGUGAUCAAUUGCUUUUUAGUAGGCCAAUACAAAAAUACAUUGGGGACAAAAUGUAAACAAGUAGCCAAGAAUGCAUAAGCCACUUAGAAUUUCUUUUAUUUUUUAUUUUUAUUUUUUAUAUCUGCAUGGUACCAUAAAGCUACAAGUUGUGUGAUAAGGAGACCUCAGUAGGCUUGAAAGCUUGCACUAUUGGUGUGAAAAUGUUGUCAUGAUAUGUUAGUCCAUUAAUGUAGAUGCUAAUUAAUAAAGUAUUGUAUAUUCUUGUAAUGCCUUUUUUAUUGCACCAACUUAACUUUGUAGUGAUCAGCUUCCAGGGUUUCUCCCUUUAUCAAGUCGAAAGCUUUUUGACCACAGUGAAACAAACUAAGAAAGCUGCAAUGCAGAGGUUAAAGGGACACUAUAGUCACCUGAACAACUUUAGCUUAAUGAAGCUGUUUUGGUGUAUAGAACAUGCCCCUGCAGCCUCAGUGCUCAACCCUCUGCCAUUUAGGAGUUAAAUCCCUUUGUUUAUGAACCCUAGUCACACCUCCCUGCAUGUGACUUGCACAGCCUUCCAUAAACACUUCCUGUAAAGAGAGCCCUAUUUAGGCUUUCUUUAUUGCAAGUUCUGUUUAAUUAAGAUUUUCUUAUCCCCUGCUAUGUUAAUAGCUUGCUAGACCCUGCAAGAGCCUCCUGUAUGUGAUUAAAGUUCAAUUUAGAGAUUGAGAUACAAUUUAUUUAAGGUAAAUUACAUCUGUUUGAAAGUGAAACCAGUUUUGUUUUUUGUUUUUUUCAUGCAGGCUCUGUCAGUCAUAGCCAGGGGAGGUGUGGCUAGGGCUGCAUAAACAGAAACAAAGUGAUUUAACUCCUAAAUGACAGUGAAUUGAGCAGUGAAAUUGCAGGGGAAUGAUCUAUACCAGGGGUAGGCAACCUUUUAGCAGCACUGUGCCGAUAGAGAAUGGUGAUGUCCUGUAGCAUGCCGGUCCUAUUUUUUUUAAAUUGAGGUGUGUAUGCUGCCGUAUUCUGCUUGUGUUAUUUUUAUUGCAGUUGCUUUGUAUUGUUGUAUUUGUGCGUGUAUAAGCUAUUAUAUUGUAUAUGUUCAUUAGUAGUUCAUGGUAUUGUGUAUGAUACAUAUGAAUGUGGGCGGUGUAUGAGGGCUGCUUGUGGAAUUGUGUGUGGAUGGAUAUGUCACAUUGUGUGUUUGGUAGUGUGUGUGGGGGCUGUUUGGGGUAUUGCAUUGAGAGGCUGCAUAUGGGGUUGUGUGCGUGUAUGUGGACUUUUAGUGGGUUAUGUUUGUGCGGAUUGUCUGUAUGUUUGUGUGUGUGGGGGCUGUUCAUAUUAUUUGUAUGAGGGGAGGGUUAUUCUGCUUUUCUGUGUAUAUCUUGCAGUGUGUGUAGCUUCCCUGGGUUCCAGUGGGGACCAGGCUGGCCAGAUACAGGUCAAGGACAGGAGCUGCAACAGCAGCUGCGGGCUGCUCUACUACAGUGUGGAUUCCCAUUCACAAGUGCUGGGAUCACUUCCUCUAUGUAUUGCAAUGCUUAAAUUGAGGAUUGUCCUUCACCACCUCUUCGUAUUAGCAGAUAUCUGAUGUUUUACUGGGACUCCUGAUAGGCCAGAGCUUGUUUUGCUCUAGCAGCCUGGAGUGCCGUGCAAAUACACCUUGAGUGCCGUGCAUGGCACUAGUGCCGUAGGUUGCCUACCCCUGGUCUAUACACUACACUAAAACUGCUUUAUUUAGCUAAAGUAAUUUAGGUGACUAUAGUGUUCCUUUAAAGCACCAAUACGAAACCAUCUCAUAAUGUUGGGUGUUCUGAAUAAUUUAAUUAACUAAAGAAGUGUUGCUAAGCUUUUUGUUUUAGUACAAAAACCUUUUUGUGCAUAUUCACAAAAUAAUUUUCCAAAAUUUAGUAAGCAACAGGUGGCACACUAAUGCCCCAUUUCCACUGAGCAGUUCGGUACGGUCUGGUACGAAUAUUUUGAGUGUUUCCAUUAUGAAAGUGGCCCAUACAACCCAACCGAAUCAAACCGCACCAUUCCUGGGCCCCCUUCAGUUGUAGGUCCAUAGGAAAUGGUACGGUAUGGUUAGGGCAGAGCUACUGACGUCACACUAUACAAUCCAUUGAUUGGCGGACAGGAAAACGUCAAUGCUCACGACAAAUGACACUCUAGGCAUUUGGUGUAAAGCCCGCAUGCUCCCUGGCACUCCGACUUGCAGUGGAAACGCUGGACCCUUCUAACCCUUCCAAACCGUACCGACCCGAACUAUACCACUCAGUGGAAACGAGGCAUAUGUUGUCCUCCAUUGUAAUAUGAUAUAGAGAAACGUGUCGUGUGGUGGUGGGUGUUGGGAUUGCAGUCUAACACAACCUUUGCAUGGUGUUUUUUAGAUAUAUAUUUUUUUCUGCAUGUAUCCUGCAUCCCUAGAUUGCUGCAAACAUAAUUUGGGCUAAUGCACUGAAAACUGAUUUGUCGUGACUUGAUAACUGAUACAUAAAAUUAAAGCUAAAUAAACUAUCUGUAAAAAAAAUACCAGAGUUUGGAUAAAAAAAAAAUAAAAAAAAAAAUUCCAGAUCUUCCAUUUUUACUCAUUAAUUACACUACAAUUCACUUUUUAGUGGAAAAAAAAAAAAGUUGUGCAAUUCACUGUUUAGUAAACAGGUUAGAGAUGGAUUGGUGAGAACAUGAUUAGAGCUCAUUUUAGACCUAAAUAGCUUUGCUGUAAACUGUAUAUAUUUUAGCAUAACUUUAUCCAUUUCUACCAGGUCUGCAUUCCUGUUUCACUUGUACAUGAAGGUCCCUUAGUGAUUUGCGCAUGCGUGUGCUUGCCAUUCACAAUAUGGCCGCUCUAAAAGCCCCUUGUGUCAAUCACGUCAUUCCGAUUUGUGCGUUGGUUGGCCUAUUACAGGAAACACCUUCUUGGUUGAGCGCUGUAAAUGGAACCUUGCUGGUGCAGUGUAGAGUACGCAUGUGUUUGCCCUAAUCAAACAUGGCUGCCACGGAUGCUUGGCCAUCCCAGCGUGGCUUUGCUGCAGUAAUUCACAGUGCGCAUGCGCAGCAGUGUGGGCGUAGUUGUUGUGGGACCGGUGUUCUAUAUGUGAUCCAUGUGUGGGGUGACCUCUUAGCAAAGUGGACAUCUGGGACACCAGAGAGCUGGCUGAGCAUCAGCUGCGGUAGGAGGCUCCAUGUAUUAUGCUUUAUUAUGUUUUUUACUGAUAUUAAAAUAGUGUUUUAUAAAUAUUUUGUUACAGGGAAAUCAAGUCUGGCUACAGUAAUUAAGCAAUGUCAGUACCCAUGGAGGGCAGAGACUGGGUUUAUAUGCCAGGCCUGAACCACAGAGUGUAUCACAGGACAUUCAUUGAAUUACUCAUUUGUGUUUCUUUCUGUAGUUAAAUAUUUCUAUGCUAGCUUUAUCUGUCAAUCUGUCCUAAGGUAAACCCACAUCUUGUAGGUCAAGUCAUCUUGAUUCCACAUUAGUAGGAAGUGUUGCAAUAUAAAUCAUAACAUCUUGUGUCAUUAUUAUUUUGCUUAGGAACAGUGUAAAAAAUAUAUAUUAUAUACAUACAGUAUGUGUAAUACUAUACAUGCAGUAUGUGUAAUGGCAUCAUCCCUUUAAUGUGGUUGUGGAUUGAAGCAUACUAGCCAGUAACCCACCACAACAAUAUCUUAGAAUUCACAAAGGUAAAUGUGUGUUUACUGAAUCUUAACUCAGUGUGUCAUAAUAUAAAGAUAUUUGUCUAAUGCUGGUUUGGGUUAAAUAGUUACUUUCCAUUUUCAUUACAUAUGCAUGGGAAAGAGGUAAUUUUAGCUGUGUGUGUGUGUUUAUCUUGCUUGAGCACUGCUAAGAGUGAUGCUGCGAAGUAUUGAAAACUGCAUUUACAACAUCUGUUGUAAUAUUGUCAAUAUUUUAUGCUUUUAAAAUACAGAUUGUAUCAAUACAGUGGCCUGGUAGUCUGAUUUGCAAGUGUAUUACUUUAAUCCUACUAAUGGUUAUGCUUUGACUCAUAACCCAAAAUGUCACACCUAGUUGCCUGUUUACUAUUGUAUGUUCCAGGGCAAGAUAAUACUAGUAAUUAUUCAAAAUAACAAAUGUGAUAAUAGACUUGGUAGUUAUUAUGUUAACAUGUUUAUAUUAAAAUGAUCCUGUGUGUAUUAAGGCACUUCUAUUUAUUUUUAGCUCUACAGGUUAAAUUGUUAUGACCAAGUCAAAACCUCCCACACAUUUUUUUUUAUUUUUUUGGGGUGGGGGGGUGGGUGAAGGUUGGUUUCUCCUCAGUGUGUAAAUAAAUACAAUUAUUUACCCUAACACAAAGUUUUUAAGCUAUAGGAGUCUCCUGGAAUAGUCCACAGAGUAUCCUUCAUGGCAUUGUCCUCAGUUUGGAAGAGGAUUUAUGGGAUUAUGGUUGCUUUGGUAAUUGUGUGGCUCUAUACACUUUUGAUGUUUGUUUUUGUCUCGGUGUCCCUAGAGCAUUAAUGUUUAUUUUACAUAUAUCUAUUUGCAAACACUUUUUUCAAUGUCUUCUUAAAAAUGACUGCCUUAUAUGAUUGACAGACAAUAUUAAUUUGUCGUGUAGACUCUAAUUUGUUCUUUUGGAAUCUACAAGAAAUUAUUCUGAAUAUAAAGUGCAUGUUUCACCACUCAUGCUUAGAGAGUAGUUUGAAAGCUAUUACAACUGUAUCAGCAAAUUUAUCAUCAUUAGUUGUUGCUGCCUUUUGAUAACCUGUCUUGUAUAGUGACAUUCUUCCCCUUUUCCAUUUAUUUAGGUUAGUCACCAUGCCUGGAUCCCUACCUGCCGCGGGUGAAGCCUCAUGGCCUAAAGAUGUUGGAAUUGUUGCCUUAGAGAUCUACUUCCCGGCACAGUAUGUCAACCAGGAGGAGCUUGAGAAAUUUGAUGGUGCCAGUGCAGGAAAAUAUACCAUUGGUCUUGGCCAAUCUAAAAUGGGCUUCUGUUCCGAUAGAGAGGAUAUCAACUCUCUGUGUCUGACUGUUGUCCAGAAGCUAAUGGAGAGGAACAAUCUGUCAUAUGACAGCAUUGGCAGGUUAGAAGUGGGAACAGAAACAAUCAUUGACAAGUCUAAGUCGGUAAAGACUGUUCUGAUGCAACUUUUUGAAGACUCUGGAAACACAGACGUUGAAGGCAUUGACACAACAAAUGCGUGCUAUGGAGGCACUGCCGCUCUCUUUAAUGCUGUUAAUUGGGUGGAAUCAAGCUCCUGGGAUGGUAUGUUAUACAUAUAUUGAUAUACAAACAUGGUUAUUCACUGCAGUGAGAAUUCAGGGUGAAUUAAAAAUAAAUUUUAGGUUUUAGGUCAAAAUAGCUGAAAUGUUACAUUUCUCCCGUUCAGCUACUUUAAAAACUCACUUUGAAUUCCCACUUUAGUAAAUGACCCUAAAAAAUGUAGCAAUUUGUUUGUUUGGUUUUUUACAAAUAUAAUGAAAUACAAGUGAAUCCGCGCUGACUAGUAUUGUAUUUGCUUCGCUGGACUUUACAAACGUGUUGUUAAUAGAAAACUGAAGCAACACGUGAUGGGUUUCACAGCCUGCUCAUUUGUAAAUCAUGUCAAGUGAUUCUGUGAGAGAUGUUCUUUGCUUUGUAAAUAGAAAAAAAAAAAAAAAAAGGUUUAAUCAGGGCUAGCCAAAGGCUACAAAAGCUUAAACUAAGGAUCUGCUAUUCUCAGUAUCUGUCAAACUAUAUAUUUCUACAGAGAGGGCCUUAAAACAGUAAAAUGGGUAUGACUAUGCAAAUCCUUUCCUGUCUAGCAUGUGAUUUAUAAUUCAGCACUUCAAUCAUCUGAUGCUGUGCCAGUAGAGAGAGUGUAUACAUCCUGAAAGAACAAGGUGUACCAGUUCUAGACGGUGAAGAGGAUUUUUUUUAUUUAUUUUCUUGGUUCAUUUUCCAGUUGCUUGUACAUAUUUCUUAACCAGAAUAUGGCAUAUGCAGAAACCAGCGGUUUUUUUUGUUUUGUUUUUUAACAACAAUGGUGUUUUUAAAUCAUUGACUCAGUGUAUGCCUCCCUCAAGGAGGAAACCCCAAUGCUGACUUUUCUUUUCUGCUGUUUUCAUAAUUGUUGUUUUGUCGUGUGAAGAGAGAUGUAUUGCUUUUACCACAGACUAUUAAAACAAAUAUGCUUGAGUCUGUCCAUUUUAUUCAUUUAAAUGCACGCAAACGUUGUCAUGCAUUUCCUCUCUGCCUUUGAUGUGACUGGAUGAUUAAUUUGAAUGCCAUGUGACAUUGUAGUAUUUAUUUCCAACAUGUGUCAAAAUAUUACGCAACAUUAAACUUGUCUGGUUAAUUCAUACAUUUAUUCCUCUCUUACAGAUCAUUGUGAAAUUGAAGGAAUGAGUGGUUUGUGUAAUACAAAUAUUUUUGUUUUCUGCAGGACGCUAUGCCUUGGUCGUUGCUGGAGACAUCGCUGUGUAUGCCACUGGUAGUGCCAGACCAACUGGAGGUGCAGGAGCUGUCGCCAUGCUUGUGGGACCAAAUGCAUGUCUUGUUUUAGAAAGAGGUCUGUUGCCUUUUCUUAUUUUUAAAGGAAUUUGUUCAAGAUAACCCCAUAAUUGUGAAAAAUUCUCUUUAGAGUUUCCUGUGGUAAGCGCAUAGCUGAGACCAAAAACCUUAUCGGUUUGUUUCACGGAGUAACCCUGUAAGUAAAAAUGAUCAAUAAGAAGUAUUGACAAGGGAAGUACAAAUCCUGGCUAAAAUGACCUAACUGAUAAAAACAAAUUUGUCAAUCCGCCACAGUUCCAAGCUAGUUAUAACCCCACUGGUGGCGUUCUGAAGGUUUAUCAUCUCAGAAAGUGAGAUGUAAAAUUGUCUUGUGGUUUUUAUUUCAUACUGAAUACAUGUUAGAAUACAUGUUACAUGUAAGAUCUCACUUUUUUAUGGAGUGUCCAUAUAUUUUGUGACUGUAAGGUUGAGAUUUGAACCGUUGUUAACCAAUGUUAAUUGUGCAUUUUAGUACGCUAAUAGUUAACAUCUGAUCCUGUGACUGUUGCGAAUUACAUUUCCGUUGACACACAACUAGUCGUGUGUCUGGUUUAGCUUCAUGGACAGUGUAGUCUAUAUAAAACCUUUUAUUAACCCUUCAUAACUAUAGAUGUACGUUAUUUUUCAGGGCUACGUGGGACACACAUGCAACAUGCAUAUGAUUUCUACAAACCCGACAUGGUGUCUGAAUACCCUGUUGUGGAUGGGAAGCUAUCUAUUGAGUGCUAUCUCAGUGCACUGGAUCGCUGCUACGCUACCUAUCGCAAGAAAAUCCAUGCUCAAUGGCAGAAAGGUUGGCCUCUUACUUUGUUUGGAUCACUCCAUACUUUACUUUUACACAGAUGUUAAAUGUGAAGAUGAAAGCAUUCAACAGCUGUCGUUCACUGGUCUCCUGCUAUGCUAUCAUUAUACAGUCCCAAAUUAGUCACUACUACACCCUGUUUACAGGAAACAAACUCGUCCUCUUGAUGAAAUUUGCAUCUUUCAUGAAACCACUGCAAAUAGCUACUAUUGCCUGUCUGCUGAAAUCUUUAUUUUUAAAUGCUGACCAUUCGAUGUAUCAUAGGACACCUGCUGGUGAAUGAUACCAAAUUUCAAUAUAUAGUGGCUGACUAUAACUUAUAGAGCAGUCAUGUUGUGCUUUGUAAUUGCUGGUCUUUUUCUUUCUAGUAGCGCAUUCUCGAUUUAGACUAAUUGAGACAGGCACAUUCAAAUGUGAUGGACCUAUAUGCCUGUCUCUUUGCAUCUAAAAAAGGAUCAUUGCUUGCAGCAGACGAUGCAAAAUACAAAGAUCAAGAAUAACUAACAAAUACAGGAGACCAUAUUUAAUUUAUUUUAAUUGGUGAGUUCUACCCAAACAUGGGUGGAAUUGAUCUCACUAGUGCAAAAGAGUAACUUCCACUAAAGCGAUCUCUCUGAGAGUCCAGACUGCAGAUGCCAGGGGGCCUACGGUUGGUGUCAAACCAGUUAAAAACGGUUUGACAGAUGAAUGUAGGAAGGUGCUUGUAGUUUCUUUAACUACAUGGACACCCACAUUAAAAUAUUAUCGAGGCAUUUUCCAUGGUAGAUAAACGCAGGCUGUGAAAAGUAACUUGGCUAACUGCAAAACUCUGGUUAAUGAUAAUGGACGUAUACGUUUGUCAAAUAAUCGAGAGCUGCAGUUCAGGUAAAACAAGUUUAUUAUUCUCUCCAUUAUAGUUAUUUGGAUUUGAGGAUAAUUGUAACCAAUUAUAAAUUUGAAAUUUAUUUGCUAAUUUUAUAAAAGUUGUAUCUUCUUAGCAUGCAAAUUUAAGAAGGAAUAGAAUAGUAUAAUGUAUUGUGUGUGUGUGGUUUACUGUGAAUUUUUAUUUUUAGAGGGAAAUGACAGACCCUUCACUCUGAAUGACUUUGGUUACAUGGUUUUCCACUCUCCAUACUGCAAGCUUGUCCAGAAAUCAUUGGCACGCUUAUUAUUAAAUGAUUUUAUUAGCGACCCGAAUCCAAACACAGAGAGUGGGGUGUACGUCGGCCUGGAUUCCUUCCGGUAAGAAUUAUGGUAUAGUUUUUUUUUAUAUAUAUAUAUAUAUAUAUAUAUAUAUAUAUAUAUAUAUAUAUAUAUAUAUAUAUAUAUAUAUAUAUAUAUAUAUAUAUAUAUAUAUAUAUUACACUAGUUGUAUGAUACAAGCAAUUAAGGAAUACAAAUUAAUUGGCUGUAAUCUCUGGAACACUAUAAUUACAUGUUUGUGAAUAUUACAAAUUGUUUUGUUCUGCAGAGGUGUAAAGUUGGAAGACACAUACUUUGACAGAGAUGUUGAAAAGGGCUUCUUAAAGGCAAGCACAGAACUAUUCAAUGACAAAACAAAAGCAUCUCUUCUUGUGUCCAGGGAAAACGGCAAUAUGUACACCCCUUCUGUGUAUGGAUGCCUUGCCUCUGUGCUCGCACAGUAAGUUUGGCUUUGUACUUUAACGAUGUGUGAUCAUACAGGUCUAGUAUGGUCCAUUAGUGUUUUCUACUCCAUUACAAAAAGAUUUUUUUAAUAUAAAUUAUGUUAAUUCAUAGAGCAUCUUUGCUCUGCUAACAUUUUCUAUAAAUAUCCAUCUGUUUUUGCUAAGGUGUUAAUCUCAGAGGUGAGAAAGGGGGAAUUGGUGGGAUUGACUGAGGUGUUCCCUUGAGUUACAUAUCUGGACUUCAUAAGAGAAGUUCUCAAAAGGCCAAUGGCGUGACAGUGAAAAGGUGAUUGCGUGGUUUAUCUGUGUGCUGAAGUCACCAGAAAAAUGCUGAUUUAUAGUUGGAGCAGUUAGGAGCUGCCCCCAUGCAAGUAUUUCCACAGGACAGCAUGCCUCAGAAAGCAUGUUAUGCACUAACAAAUACAGAUGUAUUUGUGUGCUCAAAGCUUUCCUCUCCUUAACCGCAGCUUUGAAAGUGAGGGAUCACUCAGUCUCUCCCUCCUAUGUCCCCCUGGUUCUUUAAGUCUUGCUUCACUCACUGGUAUGAAAAAGGCUUGGGUGUAAGUUUGGAUACGGACUGAAAAAAUAGAAUCUCCAGAUGAUUAUAUUUGAAGAACUGCCUAUGUAUAUAAUAUGAAAGUCAUGAAAUAGCUUGUAGUAUGUUCAUUAAUGAAGUAGAGCUUCUUAUGUUCUUAGCAGUAUAGAGAUCCAUUUUGCAUAAACAAACGCAAAAAUCAUCCUGCAGUGAAAAAAAAAUAAAUAGAACAUUGGUCCCUUAUGGGUUAAGUGCCAUUUGUUUAAAAGGCACAUAGGCUAUAGUGCAGCACCGAUAUGAGCAGGGAAUCUAUUUUGAACUGUGUAAUGAUCUCAACAUUGGUUAAGUGUUUCUCUUUUUAAUACAAAUGUGUUUCACCUCAGAUACUCUUCCCAGCAAUUGGCAGGACAGAGGAUUGGAGUAUUUUCCUAUGGAUCUGGCUUUGCUGCUACAUUGUACUCCAUUAAAGUUAGCCAAGAUGCUAUGCCUGGUAAGUUUUGACUCCUUAACAAGUCUGUAAUGACCAGCUGGGCUGCAUGUUUUUAUUUGGGGAGUUUCAUGAUUCAUGCAAAUACAAUUGAUGUUUAAGGGACACUGUAGGUACCCAGACCCCUUCAGCCCAUUGAAGUGGUCUGGGUGCCAACUCCCAUCACCCUUAACUCUGAGCAUGUUAUUAUUGCAGUUUGUAUAAACUGCAAUAAUUAUCUUGCAGGGUUAAGUCCUCUAGUUGCUGUGUACUAGACAGCCACUAGAGGGACUUCUGGGCUCUUAGACGAAUUUUGGUCUCCUAAACGACGCUGGACGUCCUCACGCUAUGUAUGAGGACUUAGUGUCACCGGAAUCCCCAUAGGAAAGGGAGAUGCAAGUUCGGCCAUUGCUGCGCAUGGGCAUUAGGUCUCCCCCGCUGCCAGCCAGCAGCGGGGAAGGUGCAUGGGCAGAGCUAAGCCAGCGCAGAGGGACAUUGGCGCUGGACCCAGGUAAGUGACUGAAGGGGUUAUUCAUCUGUUAAUAGCCAGUGUUCAACUUUUCCCGUAGUCCCUCCAAUAUAUAUAUAUUUUAUUCUAGAAAUUGUGUAACAUCAAGCAGAAUAGGGUACAAUAGGGGCUCAUUUCCAGUAAUGUGUUACAAUAGGUGCAUGUAGGUCCGCAGACACAGAUAAUCCCAAAUUAUCCACAGAAAAAUGAUGUAUACGAAAAGAGUGCACAUUUAUUAAAGUAUGCAUAUUGAAAAAUCAUGGUGUCAUACAGUCACAGCAGCCUUCAUAGAUGCUAAAGGUAGUACAGGCAUAUCAUGCCAAACUCAUUUCUGGUGUUAUUUGCACGUUUAGCUCUGUUUUGAUUUUGGUGUGUGCAAGACUUUUAUUUUUUUAUUUUACACAUCUCUUUCCUUAUUUAUUUAUUAUUUUUGUAAUUGUCCUUUUAUACUGAAAUAAUCCACUUGAUUCCCUUUGAAAUCCACACCUGUUUAGUCUGCUGCAAAUUCAACUUCCUACAUUGAGACUGCAGCAACAACCAUGCAUGUUAAAUACUCUAUGUGAAAGCCAACAGAAAAAUCCAUAUGUGUCGUAAUAGAACAGAUGUUUCAAAGCAGAUCUGCUCUUACAAUAAGAAACAUUCACUUUAUGUAUACCCUUUAUUUGUUCAAUGUUUCAGAAUGUUAUUUAUUCUAUCAGUGGAGUGUUUAAAAUAUGUAGAGUUCUAUUUUGAAGUUUUUUUUGUUUUUUUUAAUCUUUUUUCUUUACUAGUAACACCUAUAUAGAUAUUGCUCAGAGACAUUUUAAACACACUUUGCCAUGCAGACCAUGAGUGCUGUUUUCUUUUUUUUUUUUUUUAUAAUUUGCUCUAUGUUGAAUGACUAAUCUGUAGUUUAGCAUGUCUUGUGAAAACUACGACAGAUACUAGGUGAGAUACAAUUGAUGUAACUACGCUGCAUCCACUGUCUGAAUUAGAUGGUGGUGCUAAUAACUAUUCAUGGGGCUAGUUCAGUUCCAUAGAUGGUAAUUGUCAUGCUGCAACAGUACUCUGUUACUUUAUGCGUAUAAUUCUACCAAAAUUGGUCCACACACCUAAAUAAUACACUAGCAGGCAUGGUUGUCCCAACAGUUCAUACAUCACAAUCUCCUGUGUAUGUGUUGCCAUGUGAAGUGCUGACAAGUAUGUCAUUUUUGGUUUUCCUCUCCUUUCAAUCUGUUACUAGGUUCAUCUCUGGAUAAGCUAACCGCAAGUCUGGCAGACCUAAAGGCACGGCUUGACUCCAGAAAAAGUGUUACACCCAGUAUUUUUGCAGAAAACAUGAAGCUAAGGGAAGACACACAUCAUUUAGGUAUUACGGGGUUUGGUGAAAGCGUUCAUAGAUCAUGCUAUCUGCUCAAAGUCACAUCUUGUCGAUGGAGUUAACUUUAUUAAUGAUUGCUGUCUAAAUUAUAAAAGGACAAUGUAUGCUGGCACUGGUCUGCUUGGGAUGAAGACAAACAUGUAAAAAUAUAGUUUGAAAGCAUUCAGGUAUAUUCUUGCUAGGGUAGCCUUUUUAUGCUUCAGAAGAUGAGUCAAAACCAUGCAGUAACAUGCCAGCAAUUAAAACCUGCCUGACUAUUAAAGUAAUGGUUUGGUUUUGCAAUACAUGACAAAUCAGUGUUAACGUCUUUUUUGGCUUUUCUCUCGCAGCCAGUUAUAUUCCUCAGGGAUCAGUGGAUGACCUAUUUGCAGGCACAUGGUACCUGAUCCGUGUGGAUGAGAAGCACAGAAGGUACUAUGCUCGGACUUCCUUGAUGAAUGAUGGGCCUAUGGCUGCAGUCCUGGAAUCCAUUCAUUCAACCAAUACUAAUGAGGUAUAUAUCUAAUACCUUAACAUACACCACACAGAUUUGUCCUACUGUAUUAAAAACCUUUUUAACAUCUGCUUCAGAUUUAUUUAUUUUUUGGUGUAAAUUCCUCUUUCAUCACAAUACAAAUCUACUUAUGGCUGAAGAAGGGUUGUGUUUUUUUUUGUUUUUGUUUUUUUGUGGUGUUUUUUUUUUUUUGUUUUGUUUUUUUAAAGCUAAGCCCCAUAACUACUACAACACAUUAUAGUAGCUAUGGUGCUGUAAGUCCAUAGGCUCUAUCUCCCAGUUUUCAGUUUUGGAGUGUCUGUAGCCUUCUGUCUUUGGCUGCACCGAUUACGUGACAAUUACACUUCCAUAUUGUCAAGUGGAAGUCCAUCCAGUAUGGAAGGCAUGGUUACGAUACUUAGAGCUCCACUUUAAUCAUGUGGGAUUUUUCUAAUAAUGCAGUGAUGUCAGUACGACACAAAUAAACUCCUAUUUAAGCCAUUCUUUGGCAACCAUACCUUAAAAUAAUUAUGGAAAUUUGUUAAACAACAUCUGGGGAAAGGUGUGGGCUGUGACUUUAUCUCCCCUCACCCCCAUAGUAAAGUCUCUCCAUGUACUUAACUAAAUUAGAACAAAAUAGAUUCUUACAUUUAUAAUACUAAAGUCAAACCCUCUAUCUAAAUGUGCAGGUAUAUUUUGAUCAACAGUUUGUAACGAUUUUUAUGCAUCUUCAUAGCUGUGUGUGUUGUAGUAUGUUACUUGUCUAUUCCAAAUGUAUAUUGCACCUAAAUUAAUAGAUACAUUUUUUUUUGUCUCCCCAGCACUUUCCAAGUCCGGCCAAGAAAGUCCCAAGAAUCCCGACAUCUUCAGAAGCUGAACCUAUCUCUAUAAGCAAUGGAGAACACUGACCUACCUCUAGAAGUGCGAAGCACUGCUCAUUGACAUCCACUCGUUCAGUACAGCAUUUCAACUAUAAGAAUUUUUAUUUAAAUAAGUGCAGCACUAAGUAAUCUGUAACAGUUAUAGAACAGGAUUGACAUGUAAAUAUAAAUGGCUAUAGGGUCCCAGUUGCAUCUGUCUGCAUUUGUUCUGAAAAGGGACAGUGAGGUAUAUUAGCUUGUUUUAAUUGCAAGGACUCACUGUUUACAUUAUUUUCUCGUGUCAGUAAAGAUGUUUGGUAGUCCAUUACCAACAUUUACUUUGCUGUGCUUAAAUAACUCUGUAAGUUGGAUUGUAUCUUGUCAGCAUUCCACCGCAGAGGCGGCCGCAUGAAUGCCUCUGACUUGUACUUGUGAAAGCACCUUAUGGUCUGAGGUGAGGGGGUGGGGGGGGGGCUGGAGAUCUGUUUGUUUGCUUUUUUUUACAAACCAGAAAGUGUACAGGAUUUUGUAGAUCAUCAAUCGGAUGCAAACCUUGUAACUCACACUGUAUUUAUUUCUUUAUGACAUGAUUGCCUUGAUCCGUGUGCAAAUCUGAUGGAUUGGUGUGUACAGAGUUAUUGGAAUUCACCAUCCUAAAGCUUUUAAGAUCACAUUGGUGCUAUGUUUAUGGGCAUAGGCCCAAAUUGCUUGUAAAAAUGUAGAGUCCUGUAGAUUUUCUAUAUAAUUUUGUUUUUGUAAUCUGAUCUGUGUAAAAUGCAUAUAAAUAUUAAAAAAAAUGUAAUUAAGUGAAUUUUAGACAACCGUUUAAUUUGCUAUGGGCUGAUAACUUAAAACAACCCAUAUUGCAUACAUAAGUCUGUCAUAAGAAGUACCUGUAUAAUUGGGUACAACAUUGUUACUUUAACCUCUUAAGGAAACGAGUUAGAAUGCUUUUAUGUCAUGACAUGCCUGGCAUAUCAGUGGUCAUUAAGGGGUUAACUUGCAAUUUAAUUGUACUUCAGUUGUGUACUUGACCUGUUUUUGUAUAAUAUAUGAGCUGUCUUCUUCCCGUGUUUAAAACGAUUUCAUGUGCAGUACACAAGUGUAAUGUUAUAAAGGCAAUUGAUGGUCACAUGAGAGGUGAAUGAACAUAGAACAAAACUGUUAUGUGACUUCUUCUCAUGUGAAGAAAUAAAGAUCGUUGCAAAUAAUAAAACAACUUUAAAAAUGUUUGGCGUUUUUUUGUUUAAAAAAAUUGUUUCCUUGAGGAACGUUGGGGAAAUUUUUCUUCAAGGUUGUUUCGAGGGAAUUUUUAUUUUAUUUUUUUAAUAGACUUCAAAUGCAGCGAAUUGAAAUCUGACAUGCAAAUCGUAGACUAAAGCAUAGUUGGGGAAUUUUAAGAAUUGCAUUCGUUUGUGAAACAGGAACAUCCGCUGAACACAAAACACAUUACAUUUCAUGUGACCAAAUAAUCAGACUAAUAUUUAGCCUGAGAUUGCCCCAUGCAGCUACUGUUAACCAUGUGUGAUUGAGAAAAUAAUGCAAUAGUGACAGGCUGUAUAAUAAAAUAAUUUAUGCAACAUUACCAUUCGAGAAAAAAAUUAUCACAAGGCGUUCAAUACAAAUCCCAUAGAAAAACGGCACACCUCAUUACUGUGGGCAUUUUCCAAGCAGUGCAGAAAACUUUGUCUAUAUAGGUGAAAUGCAAAAAUAACACAAUACACUAUUUUAAAUAUUUAACAUUGUAUAAUAACCACACGCGAUCAUGAUCAUGCAAAAACAUUAAAAACAACAGUACUAAAAGUGGAAGUUUAAAUUCAUGUGUUAAUAGAUAUAUGCACACUUUAUAUACAUUAGUGUCCAUAAAAGUAUGAAUCUGAUCCACAGUGCAAAACAUCCAUUUAUUAACCUUUGUAAUCCAGACUGUGAUGAUCAUCAAUGAGAGAACUUGUAUAUUUUUUUUUUUUUAGAUAUCCUUUGCACUUUCCACCUACCCUCUCUGCUGUUGAGGUCAUAAUGAAGAGGUUUCACUUCCUUGUCAUCUGUCCAUAUAUUCUAAAGUGAGCACUGGAGAAUAGGUUUCACAACAGUGAAUCUCCGCUGUCCUCUAUGCACACCGAAUUGGCACAGCAAAUGCAUGCUUGUCUAAUAUAAUUUAUCUGGACAGGUAGUGAAGUGAAACAACAGCAGAGUUUGAUGAAGAAUUAUCCAGGUUUUGUCAAACCACUUGAAAAAUGUUCGAUAAUAAAACCAAGGGACUGCAGUGAUUCCACGGCCAUCUAGCACCAUAGCCAGUACAAUAUUCUAUAGUGGUAUAUGUUAAUAUACCUAUACAGUAUGUUUAUAUGGCCUUCCUCCUUUAGAAAUCAACAAUGUGUUCUGGGUACAAAAUUAAAGAUGGUAAUAAAGGUAAAUUAAUACACAACUGUUAUUUCCAUCCGCACACGUUUAGAAUGAUUACUGCCAGAUGUAACAAAUGCUAUAACUGUCCUAAAAGGGGGGGAGGAGGGGGUGAAUGUAACUGCUGUAUUCCACAAGAUAUAUAAAUUAAUUCUCAAACUUUGGACUUGUCUGACUCCUUCAUUGCACAAGAUUAGCAAACAACCUUACCCUUGGCAUUAUAUAUAUAAUAUACAAGAAAAAUCACAUUGUGAAAAUAAAGUUACAGUUGUGCUUUUUAUGUGUAUAAAGCCUAUUUAAAACUCUUUAUAAACACACUUUUUACAAAUAAAACCAAAAUAAGAUUCUCAGUGUUUGUAAUAGCAUCCCCGGUUAAAGUGUACUGUGUACCUAAAAUAAUUUAUCUUCCCCAUGCAAAAGUUAAAUGAUUAAUAAAAAAAAUUGAAAACUAAAAAUGUUUACAAUUAUUUUUAACAGUAUUUUAACCUUCAAAGUGAUCUUCCCAUCUCUGUCUCCUUCAGUCUAUUAUUGAAUAGGCAUGUGAAACUUUUUGCACAAAAUGUCCAAUCUGACAUUAGCCUAUUCUAAGAGUGUCCAUUCGAGGGACAGGACUCUGUAUGACCCCAAGCCUUCAUUGCGUUGCCCUGUUUUUAAAUAGAAUCCAGCCUACCAGUUAAAGAUUUAGAGCCUAAACAAAAACAUACACCAAGCAGUGUCCUUGGGCA